AGAAAUCGGCCCUAUGCUCAGAAACAAAAUCCUGAAAAUAAAAGUUGCGAGAACUGCCCUAAGCGCUCUAAUGGCGCCUUUCAGAGGAGUUUCGCGUAUCAUUCGACAACAUGCACCGUCAAACCCUUGUUUUCAACGCCUCCUCUCAUGUCAGCUCACCUGUUCCAGAGGAAUCGCUUCUAAGCUUUUCAUCAAAGGCUUAUCAUUCCAUACAACCGAGGAGGCCCUGUCAGAAGCCUUUUCAAAAUAUGGCCAAGUAGUUGAAGCUAAAAUAGUAAUGGAUAGAGUUUCAGAUAGGUCGAAAGGUUUCGGGUUUGUUACAUUUGCAUCAUCGGAGGAAGCCAAGAAUGCCACAUCAGGAAUGAACGGGAAGGUACUGGACGGACGUGCUAUUUUUGUGGACAAUGCAAACUCUGUCAGAACAGUGCAAUCAAUUCAUUAACAUGUUCUGCAAAGAGUUGCUGAUCCCAUGAUCAUUUGAGGAGAAACGGAAGGCUCUUGGACGGUGUUGAACUAACUCGUGUCGGAAAAAGGAUGCAUCUGUCAGUGAGGUUCUGUAUAGCUCUUUAUAAUUCAAUGACCUGUCCAUUUCCUUUUUCUCCCUUAUCUAUCAAGAUAAAUGUAGUUCAUUAUCAUGUGAGAUAAAGAUUAGUAAUCAUAUUCGGUUGUAAUGUAAUCCGCUUUGACACACCUUUAGCUCAGUUUGUUAGUAGUACAUGUGUACAUUGUACCCGUUUGGGUUCGUAAUCAGGUUUCUCUCCUUGCGAGAAUAAAUUUGCAAUGUAAAACUGCAUUAUGGUUGCAUCAAGAAGAGCAGAAAAGACUAGAAAAUUUUAGAUCAGGAGCCUAUUAACAACUUGUAAGGAUUUACUAGGAUCAAUUACAUUUUCUUUUUUCCUACUGAA